CCAAUAGAAUCGCUUUAUAUUUGCCAGAAAGGGGCGGUACCAAGAUAUCCAAUGUCAUCAACUAAACGCUUUUGUUGAUCCAUCAAGACAAGAGCGAUGCGGAAUAACUCGCGCGCUUAUUUUAAACAACAUGGACGAAUAAGUUCUUCAUAUUGAAUUGAGGUCGUUGGGAUGGCGUGGAAGUAAUCGCGGCGGUGGAGAAAGCGUCGGGUGUCCAGCUUAGAGUGGGAAGGAAUCCCAAGUGAAGAGGUAUCUGAGCCAAGAUGGCGGAAGACUGGCCCCUUCCCUCGGCCUCCGUCUUCUUCAUGCUCCUCCUGGGUGUGAGUGUCCGGGCCGUUGAGUCAUGUCCGGCUCCUUGCUCCUGCUCAACGGGCCCAGACGGGCGCCUCGUCCUGGACUGCAACAGGAAUUGGUUGUCGGCGGCUCCCUUGGAUUUUCCAGAGGGCAUCAGCCAAGUCACAAUGAACCACAAUGACCUGACAGUGUUUCCCUUCCUUGGAGAAGGCUCCUACAACAUCACAUCACUGUCGUUAGUACACAAUCGGAUCUCGGAGCUCUCCAUGCAUCAUCUGCAGCCGUACGAGUCCCUGGAGACGCUGGACCUGAUGUCAAACUCCCUUUCCGAGCUAAAAGCAGGAUCAUUCCCUUCCAUGCAGCUGAAAUAUCUCAAUUUGAGUAAUAACAAGAUCAGUGUGCUGGAGCCCGGCUGCUUUGACAACGUGUCCAGCUCUCUCCUGGUGUUGAAGCUCAACAGGAACAGGUUGACCUCGCUGCCAUCCAAAGUCUUCCGACUGCCCAGCCUUCAGUUUCUAGAACUGAAGCGUAACAAGAUCAAGAUUGUGGACAGCCUGACUUUUAAAGGGACGGACUCGCUGAAGUCCCUGAAGAUGCAAAGAAACGGCCUCACCAAGCUCAUGGACGCAGCAUUUUUUGGACUGAUCAGCAUGGAAGAACUGGAACUGGAACACAACAACCUCACUGAGGUGAACAAAGGUUGGCUAUACGGCUUGCACAUGCUGCGUGUACUGCGGGUCAGCCAGAACGCCCUCGGCAUCAUCCGACCAGACGCUUGGGAGUUCUGCCAAAAGCUGGAGGAGCUGGACCUGUCCUUCAAUCAUCUGACCCGGCUGGAGGAGACUGCGUUUGUAGGAUUAGGUCUCCUGGAGAGCCUGAACCUUGGCGAGAACUCCAUCAGCCACCUGGGAGAACGAGUGUUCAGCAGUCUGAGCAAUCUGCGCACGCUAGACAUCCACAAUAAUGUCAUUUCUUGGGCCAUUGAAGACUCCAUCAGUGUUUUUGAUGGAAUGAAAAGGCUGAACACACUAAUCUUACAGCAGAACAAAAUCAAGUCAAUCACCAAGAAUGCCUUUGAGGGACUCGCUGAGUUGGAGCAUCUGGACCUCAGUCGGAACGACAUCAUGUCAAUACAUCCCGAGGCUUUGCUGCACACCAAGCUGAAAGUCUUCAUCCUCAACACAAGCAGCCUCCUGUGCGACUGCCACAUGCAGUGGCUGGGACCCUGGCUCAGCAACAGCCACUUCCAGCCGCCUGUGUCCGCCGUCUGUGCCCAUCCUGCCAGUCUGCUCGGACGCAAUGUCCUUUCCAUCAGCCCGGUGGACUUUGUUUGUGACGACUUCCCCAAGCCCAGGAUCAGCACGCAUCCUGAGACGUCUGUGGUGCUCCGUGGCAACAACGUGACUCUUAGCUGCGUGGCGUCCAGCAGCAGCGACUCCCCGAUGAGCACGGCGUGGCGGAAAGACGGGGAGGUACUAUACGACGCCGAGGUGCAAAACUACGCCCGGUUCCAGGAGGGCGAGCUGAUCUACACCACCGUGCUCCACCUCCUCAGCAUCAACUUCACCGAGGAGGGACGCUACCAGUGCGUAGUGUCCAACCACUUUGGCGCCAACUACUCCAACAAGGCAACGCUCACUGUCAACGAGCUGCCAUCCUUCCUCAAGACUCCCAUGGAUCUGACGACCCGCACCGGCAACAAUGCCAGGCUGGAGUGUGCCGCGGAAGGCCACCCCUUCCCGCAGAUCGCCUGGCAGAAGGACGGCGGCACCGACUUCCCUGCCGCCCGGGAGCGCAGGAUGCUUGUGAUGCCCUACGACGACACCUUCUUCAUCACCAGCGUGAAGACGGAAGACAUGGGCGUGUACAGCUGCACCGCGCAGAACGCGGCGGGCAGCGUGUCGGUCAACGCCACGCUCACUGUCCUGGAAACACCUUCAUUUAUUCGGCCCCUUGAAGACAGAACAGUGGCUAGAGGGGAAACCGCCGUGCUUCAGUGCAUUGCUGGCGGCAGCCCCGUACCGCGCCUAAACUGGACCAAAGACGACGGACCCCUUGUACUCACCGAGCGCCACUUCUUCGCCGCAGCCAACCAACUCCUCAUCAUCGUCGACGCCGGCCCUGUCGACGCCGGCAAGUACACCUGCGUCGUGUCCAACACGGUGGGAACAAAGCGCGGCCACGUCUACCUGGGUGUCACGCCGUCGCCCAACUGCGACACCGGCGUGGUGUACAACCAGGACGGCUGGACCACGGUGGGCAUCGUGGUGAUUGUGGUGGUGUGCUGUGUGGUCGGGACUUCGCUGGUCUGGGUCAUCGUCAUCUAUCAUAUGCGCAGGAACAACGAAGACUACAGCAUCACAAACACAGAUGAGAUGAAUUUACCAGCAGACAUCCCCAGCUACCUCUCCUCUCAGGGGACUUUGUCAGAACCUCCAGAAGGCUACAGCAGCUCUGAGGCAGGCAGCCACCAGCAGCUCAUGCCUCCUCUCUCCAAUGGAUACGUGCACAAGGGCACUGAGGGUGUGUGCUACGGAGACACGGGCAGCGAAGCAGAAACGGAAAGUAGCGGACGUCUUCACUACCGGGUGGGAUCACUGUUCACUGGCCACAGCAGCUUCCACCCCUCAGAUGGAUCCGCUGCAGCUGCCUCAGGCGUCCCUGAUCCGUUGGUCAUCUGCUCCGACUGCUACGACAACGCCAACAUCUACCCUCGCACGCGGGAGUACUGCCCCUACGCCUACCUGGGCGAGGACGACCCGCUGGACAAAGACCUGCCGGGCGCCAGGGAGAGCUUCGGUGAGCACGCCGGGCCAGAGGACGCCACUCUGGAGAGUCUCAUCAGCAAACGGGACUCUUUCAGCCUCCUGACGUCGCACGGCACGAGGCGGAGCAGCCACACUUUGAUGGAAGACUGUGCUACUGACUUCCUCAGCUGGGCAGAAAGGCCCAGGUCCAAGCCUCAGUCGGGGCCCGCCGCUCACAGGACACUCCCCCUCGCCGGGGAGGAGGAGGACCGCAGAUCACCCCCCAAAAGGACUAACCCCCAGGAGCACCCGGCGCCCACAUAGGUCCGCACCUCAGCCCCCGACCCUUUCUCCUGCACCCACUACCUCCUCCACACUCUGCCAAAGAUGCUCUCUGGAGUGUUUGCGUUCCUCACAGAGUGACCUCGUCACUGGAGAGAACGCCGUGAAUGUAUGCUUUAAGGAAGUUGGCCUGCUUCUGCAAGCGCCCUUCUCAAGACCUGUCAUGGUGGGACGUCAUGAACACACACGGGUAUGCCCUCGACCUGGUCCACGGUCUCACCCAAACAUCCAGCCCUCUUCUCCCAUGAUUUUGGGCAGUGGUAGGCGUCCAUUUCUUUUACUUUCACAUGUUUUCUGCACUGAUCCCGAGCUUACAGGCACUUAACUGACCAUUCAACUCCUGAUCCUGCUGGCGGAUGUAGACAAAAGGACUGUGAAGAAUGUGUUAUCUGCAUACAUCAUGUAAGUACAGUAUAUAUAUAUAUAUAUAUGUAUGUAUGUACAGUAUAUGUAUGCUAGGGAUGUUGACCGCUCGUAGGAAAUAUGAUUAGAUAUUACAUUAAUAAAUAGUUGCUUUGUCACAUACGUUAGGGAAGGGAUUCGUAUGGCCCCAUUUCCUGGGUUAUCUCGCGUAAGAAGAAGAGAAGGGGGGGUUAAUCAAUAAUCAGCGCCACUCUACUGAGCAAGGUUGGAAUUGACACAAAAUACAUUUUAAGAUACUCAACGCUGUAGAUAGUGCACCCCCCUCUUUUUGUCACGUUUCAUGUGUCAGGUAAACCGCGACAAACAGGGCCAUAUGAAUCCCCUUACACGAUAUAUUUGGUUUGAGCAUAUUUAAUGUAGGAAAUAUAUCAAAGUGGCCUCAAGUAUGCGACCCUCGGGGGGGGGACACCUGAUGUAAUCUAUUACUUUUUAGAGAGUUUUCUCUGUGCCUUUUUUAUAGGAAUUACUGAGAAGCAGAGUGGAACCUCCAAAGUGGAACUAAUAAUGUGGAUUCAAAGUGGCACUUUCUCAGGCCAUGUUUAUGUCAUAUUUUAAAUAUAAAUGACACUGGAGGUGUAGUUCCUCCUGAAAACUUUGCUUGGGAGGUUUCACUGUUGACUCUUUUUGCUGCAGAACAUGUCUUAUUAGUCACUUGCCAAGUUGCUGCAUCAUUCCUUCGUCUUUCCUCCAUUCGUUGCACUUUUAUUCAGUUUGUCACGCAUUCCUCGCUGUGUGUGGAGCAUUGCAUUCUGGGAGAGAUCGUCGGUACUGGCCACAUGAAUGUGGACCUGUGUGGUCCCCCUCGGAGGGUUUUUAAGGUACCAUUUGUGGAUUGCAUGUCACUUUACUGCCCAUGCCAUUAAUUCCACAUCUUUGUCUUCUAUUUGUUUUAUUAUUCCCUUCUUUCUUGUUUUCUCCUUGCUAAGAUCAUGCAGUUCUAAGUGUCCACGUUGUUGUCUCUCAGUGACACUUUGUGUCCUUCAAAACCAAAGUUUACUAAUACAAUGAAUCACUGCUCCCCAAACUGCGGCUUGACAUCAACCACAGCCUGCUGGACUUCCCAAAUUAAAAGAAAUAAUUAAAAAAAAAUUGUGUAUAUAUAUUGUGUGUGUAUAUGUAUGUAUGUAUAUAUAUAUAUAUAUAUAUAUAUAUAUAUAUAUAUAUAUAUGUAUAUAUAUAUAUACAUAUAUAUAUGUAUAUAUAUAUAUAUAUAUAUAUAUGUAUGUCUUAAUAAGGUUAUCCAAAAAAUAGUGCUCGAUACCGUAGUAGAGCGCAAUAUAUGUACCGGUAUGUGUGGGAAAAAAAUCACAAGACUACUUCAUCUCUACAGGCCUGUUUCAUGAGGG